UUGUUUUUGUUUACCCUGUCACAUUGUUUUGACUCUUUGAAGCUUUAUUGACAAGUGACAGCGCUAGCAGCAACAUGGAAUACUAACCCAAAAGUGAGGCGGCUGCUGGCAGUGCGGUAAUGCAUGGUGCCUGCUGCUGCUGUGUGACUGCAGUGUGUGUGUGCGCCGUGCUGCUGCUGCUGACGCGCUGUAUGCGCCGCCGGCUAUGUGCCCGCUGCUCGGAGCCGGGAUCCUGCAGCUGCCGCCAGUGAAUGAGUGACAGCAGCCGCUCUGCCCGCACACCCCCUGCGCCCUGCCUUCUCUGUCCCAGGGCUGCGCCCGCGGCGGCAUGUCGGUGUGCAUGCGGCGGCUAAUCACCAACACCCGGGGUUUCCUGUGGUCGGACAUGGAGACCCGGGCCCUGCUGAACAUCUGGGGGGAGGCAGACGUGCAGUCCGCCCUGGACGGGAAUUUCCGGAACAGCCAUGUGUACCGGGACGUGGCCGGCCGGCUCAGCGAGAUGGGCUUCGAGCGCACCCCGGAGCAGUGCCGCAUCCGCAUCAAGGGCCUCAAGCGCCAGUACUACCAGGCCCGGGAGGGCUUCAAGAAGAAUGGGCACGCUCGCAAGAUCUGCCGCUACUAUGACGAUAUGGACCGGAUCCUCAGCAGCCGGCCGGCCCCGGCCUCCAGCGGGGAGCAUCCCUUCGGCCACCUGCCCGAGCCCCCCGGCAUCCUCCUCCUCCGCCCGGAGCCGCCGUGCAGGGAGGAGCUGCCCGCGGAGCAGCGGCUGCUGGUGCAGGGGGAGGAGGAGGACGAGGAGCUGGAGGAUGAGGAGGAGCCCGUGGGCUCCGGGGAAGGGGGGCCCGAAUCCUCCCAGGACAACUUCACCGAGGACUCGGGGGAGGGUUCCUCCUGCUACACCGAGCACCCCAUAAAGGUGGAGGAUGGGCCCAGCUUCGCCAUCCCGCUGCCCCCUAACGAUGGUUAUAAACCCAUUCACGCAAAAGCAAGCUCAUCUCAGGUACCUCAGCUCAAAAAGUCUAAGAAGCGCCACUCAAGUUUGACUUUGGAUAAGAUGAUGGAGCGCUUCUUGCAGCAGAGUGCGGAUGCUGAAGACAAGUUUUACAGAUAUGAAGAACAGCGACUACAGAUUGAGGAUAAACGUCGAGAGGCUGAGCAUAGCCGUGAGAUACAGAUGUUGCAGAUGCUGGGACAAAUGUUGAAUAACAUCUCCUCCACUUCUCAGAUGGCUGUGCCAGGCCGUGUGAGCAGCCCCAUCAGAGGAAACGUCAGAACGUAUGCAGAUACAUUGCACUUUAAUACGGCUACAUCUUUUUCUCCUCCAAUAGUUUUGGAGAGAUCCUUCUCCCUGCGUCCAACACGCCCAUCAAAGGAUAUGGAGAAUAUCUUCCAGCUGGUGAGGAAUGUCAUCCCCCCGCUUACUUCUAAAAAGCACAAAGGACAGGAUGGAAAGAUUGGUAUUGUUGGAGGCUGCCAAGAAUAUACUGGGGCUCCAUAUUUUGCAGCAAUUUCGGCUCUCAAAGUGGGUGCAGAUUUAUCCCAAGUAUUUUGUACCAAAGAUGCAGCAAGUGUCAUUAAGUCGUACAGUCCGGAGCUGAUUGUACAUCCAGUCUUGGACCAUCCUAAUGCUUUACAAGAGAUUGAGAAAUGGCUCCCAAGACUGCAUACCCUUGUUAUAGGACCAGGGUUGGGAAGAGAUAUUUCGAUACUGGAAACAGCAAAGGGUAUUAUUGAAAAAGCCAAGUUGAAAGGUAUUCCUCUUGUGAUAGAUGCAGAUGGACUUUGGCUAAUUGCCCAACAACCUUCUAUUAUUCAAGGCUAUCAGAGGGCUGUCCUCACUCCAAAUUUUAUGGAAUUCAGCCGACUGUAUGAAGCUAUGCUGACUGAGCCAGUGGAUAGCAGUGACCAGCAUGGAAGUGUACUAAGACUUAGCCAAGCAAUGGGAAAUAUAACGAUUGUUCAGAAAGGAGAGUGGGACCUGAUAUCAGAUGGGGAUAAAGUCUUGGUGUGCACUCAUGAAGGGAGCAGCCGGCGCUGUGGAGGACAGGGAGAUCUCCUGGCUGGAUCCCUGGGAGUCUUGGUACACUGGGCAUUUCUUGCCGGACCAGAAAAGAUAAAUGGUCAAAAUCCCUUUGUGGUGGCAGCAUUCGGUGCCUGUUCUCUCACAAGACAAUGCAACCACCAAGCUUUUCAGAAGUACGGACGAUCAAUGACUACAGGCGACAUGAUUUCAGAAGUUGGAACAGCUUUUAACAAGCUCUUUGAAACAUGAUACUACUGAUAUGGUUAAUGUGAACGAUUGACUUUCUUCAUAAGAUUUAUACUAGGAUGCACAAAAGACACCUCUACCUGUGCUGUAGCAGCAUGUAAAACAUGCAAGGCAGAAGUAAUCCUUUUUGGUUUGGCUAGAGAAAUACCUAUUAAAGAUUGUAGAUACAUUUUUAAAAAAACAAAAUACAAAAACAGAGAAUUUUGGAUAUUGCUGAAACAAUCACAAUAAAAGUGUGACUGGAUCCCCCCA